AUGUUCAGCAGGGAAGAACUUGAGAGUGCUGCAUCGAGCCCCGCAUCAGCCGCCUCCUCUCCCACGAACGUCUCCACCCCAACAUCCACGGCUUCGACGACCGCACCUCAGAUUGCCAUCCGCCCCAGCACAGCAGCCCGGCCGCCGCCGUUGAAUACUUCGGCUGCGGUUGGCCACAUGAUGGCUGCGCCGUCGGCUGCAUCGCCGGGCGUUUCGGGGCAGGCGAAAGCCAUGACUAUGACGACCAGGGAAUGGGUUGUCCCGCCUCGGCCGAAGCCGGGGCGCAAGCCUGCCACCGACACCCCGCCGACAAAGCGCAAAGCACAAAAUCGUGCUGCACAGCGCGCGUUCCGGGAGCGCAGGGCCGCCCGCGUCGGCGAGCUGGAGGAGCUGCUGGACGACGAGCGCGAGGAGCAUGAGCGCACUGUACGGGAGUUGAAGGAACGUGUCAGUCACCUCGAGAGCGAGACUCAAACGUUGCAGUCACGGUGCCAGUGGCUUGAGGCGCUGCUUGAGAAGGAGCGGCAGGGACGUGAUAUCGGCAUGGCUGGCAGCUGGGACAACACACAACAUCAGCCGAUGUCGUUAGAUAUCUCGCACCCCGAACAGCACCCACAGCGCCGUGUCCACAGAAGCAUUGCGGCAAAUUCCGGAGGAGUAAUAGCGGAGCCUCGGCCGUUGGCCCAGCCCUUCUCCAUCUCUCAUAUCAUCUCUCCGCCAGAAGAUACGAGCGGAGGGGCACUAGACCUGACCUGCGGCGCCUGCCAGACAAACGGACCUUGCGCCUGUGCCGAGCAAGUUCUUCAGAGCGCAGAUGUCAUCAUGGGAUGCGGUAACUGCACCAUGGGCACACGGUGUGCCUGUCUCGAGGAAUCAAUACGUGCCUCGAUUGUGGCCGACUUAAAGCGGUCAUUGCCUCCCAGCUCCCCGUCUUUGUCCACGGCGCCCGGGGAGAAGAGGCAGCGCUCUGACACGGGGAUACUCGAUGAUAUGGAGACGGAUUUCACAGCCCUGUUUGCCUCUGGCAGCAGCAGGAUGGCCAACGGGCCCGACUCUUCUCAACCAAGCCAGUUACAGCCCCCGCCCCGGUCGCUACCGACGGCAUCGCAAGAGAUGAGGGAGUCUUGCGGGUUUUGCAAAGACGGAUCGUACUGCGUAUGUGCAGAUGCAGAGUCUAUGGUGAUCCCUUCCAUGUCUGUCAUGACGCCCGCGCCGGCUACACAGCUAGCGCAUAUUGCACAACAGACUCAUACACCACCACCGUCAGAGGAUGAUGUCAUGCCACCUGUGCCAAUGGAAGUAACGGCAACAGGGGCAAUCAAGUUGCCCAGCAUACGCCAGCCGCUUCAACCUCAGAGCAGCGGUACCGGAGCACGCGUCGCCUCGCCCCCCAAUCCAGCAGUGAAGGCGGCUGCUGGUUUUGGAUGUGGCCCCAACGGGCCUGGGACUUGUGGACAGUGCCUCUCAGACCCCAAGUCGGGCCUCUUUUGUCGCUCGCUGGCAGCCAAUUUCGAAAGGAAUAGCAGGCUGCAGCAGGCUGCCGGAAACAGCAGCCCAACCGCCGGUGUCAAUGGAGGUGGGUGUUGCGGCAAUGGCGGGCCAGGGGGAUGCUGUAAAGGGGGGGAUCAGCCGGCAGCAGGCGCUGGCGACAACAUCAACGCGAAGAGCAAGAGCAACAAUCCUGCAUCGGCCGCGGCCGGUUCUGGUGACCUCGGCCUCAGUCUUUCAUGCGCCGACGCGUACAAGACGUUGGCUAGCCAUCGGAACUUUGACGCGGCGGCCGAUGACAUUGGCUCAUGGCUGCCGAAAUUGCGGGCGGUUCCUGUGCUGCCGGAAACAAGGCGGCACAGCUACAUCGGCCACAGUUUAAGCGGCCGGGGGCGGGCUCCAAUCGAGGUGGAAGCAGCCAGCAUCAUGAGCGUGCUCAAAGACUUUGACAUUCGCUUUGGCAGGGGGGAAUGA